CUCCGCAUCUCGCUACUGCUGCCAACCAUGUCUGAUCGCUACUCGUUCUCCCUGACGACAUUCUCGCCCUCGGGCAAGCUGGGCCAGAUCGAAUACGCCCUCAAGGCCGUUUCCCAAGGCGUUACCAGCAUCGGAAUCAAAGCUUCCAAUGGCGUCGUGAUUGCCACCGAAAAGAAGACCAGCUCCGCUCUGGUGGACCACACCACGGUCGAGAAGGUCUCGCUGAUCUCAAAGAACAUUGGCAUGGUCUACUCGGGCAUGGGCCCCGAUGCCCGAGUCCUGCUGGAUAAGGCCCGAAAAUCGGCUCAGGAAUACAAGCGGGUCUACAUGGAGGAGCCGCCCGUUGCCAUCCUGGUCAAGGAGAUCGCCGGCAUCAUGCAGGAGUACACUCAGUCUGGAGGUGUCCGUCCCUUUGGCGUCUCGCUUCUCAUUGCUGGCUACGACCACACCGGAGCAGCCCUGUACCAGGUUGACCCCUCGGGCUCGUACUGGGCCUGGAAGGCCAGUGCCAUCGGCAAAAACAUGAUCAACGCCAAGACCUUCCUCGAGAAGCGCUUCACCGAGAACAUGGAGAUCGAAGACGCUGUCCACACCGCGAUCCUGACUCUCAAGGAGAGCUUUGAAGGCGAGAUGACCGAAUCGAGCAUCGAGAUUGGAAUAUCACAGCUGGAAGAGGUCAUCAACACACACGGCCAGCGGGAGAAGAUUGGCACGUUCCGACGACUGAAUCCCUCAGAAGUCCGCGACUACCUUGCCAACAUCGCCUGAGUGUGUCUGAAGGGGCAAUACAUGCAAUCCACGCAACUCCACCCAA